AUGGAUAAGGAUGUAGAAACAUGUGUAAAACACUGCCAUUUGUGCCAACUGGUGGGUCCAAGGCCCAGGCCGGUGCCAAUCAGGCCUACUGCACUGCCUGAGGGCCCAUGGUUUGACAUAGCCAUAGAUCUGUUAGAUAUCUCCAAUGGAGACCAUUUGCUUGUAAUCACUGAUUAUUAUAGUCGAUGGCCUGAGAUUGUGUUUCUGAAGAAGACAGAUGCCACACGUGUGAUCAGAGCUCUAGAAUCGGUUUUCCUCACCCAUGGAAUUCCUUAUUCAGUACGGUCAGACAAUGGACCGCCUUUCAAAUCACGUGAAUUUGAAGCUUUCUUAGACUACCUAGACAUUGAUCACAGGUGCAGCAUACCUUACUUGCCUCAGAGCAAUGGGAACGUCGAACGUGCAAAUGAGACUUUGUUGAAAAUCAUUCGAAUUGCGAAGCUUGAAGGGAAAGAUUGGCGUAAAGAGGUUGAGAAAUUCCUGUUUGACUAUAGGACGACGCCACAUACACAGACGGGUGUAUCUCCAGCCAGAGCACUAAUGGGUAGAGAGUUGAAAUGUAGACUUCCAAAACUGAGGGUUGAGCCAAAUAGAGAGGUUACUGAAUCAGAUUGGCAAGCAAAGUUUAGGGAGCGUGAUGCAAUCUCCAAACUUUGGCAGAAACAGUAUGCGGACAGCCGUAGAAACGCUGAAAUUUCUGAGUUGAAACCUGGUGACAAAGUGUUGCUCUUAGAAAAUUUCCGUAAGAACAAGCUGAUGCCUAAUUAUGAGGUUGAACCAUAUGAGAUUGUUGAGAAAGUGAGCGGUGCUGUUUUGCUCAAGAAUUCAAAAGGUGUAAAAUUGAGAGCAUUGAACCAUGUCAAGAAGUAUCACUCAAGCAUGUCUGAAUCCAGUGUAACAGUGGACACAACUUCUGAGAGUUCUCAAAUUCAAUCUGGGGAAUCUCCUAGAGAUUCAAACAUCACUGGUGAAGUUAGAGUACAGGAGCGGCCUGAAGUCUCUGAGACUCAGAGCAGCCCUGAGCUGGUUUUGCAUGAACCAGAUUUGUCUCCUGUUGAGACAACAGUUGUCACAACCACUGAAACUGUGGACACUUCUGAGAUCCCAGUUGCACCUCCUGAAAACUCUCAGCCAGUUGAGCCUGUUGAACCAGUGAGAAGGUCAACUAGGGUCAGGACUACACAUAGUCGAUGGAAGGAUUAUGUGGAGAAGUAA